GGAACCAGGCGCACGGGGGCCCGGAUAGAGUUUCUCCCGAUUAAACUCAUGGUGAUUGCCGAGCGCGCUCCGCGGUCGCUGCCCGGCGUAGUGUUACCUUCCUCGGGGCACGAUGGGCUCGUAAGAUGCCUUCGCUGUGGAAACGGAUAACGUUCUCGGUGGCCUCGGUGCUCUGUGUCGGCUCUGUGGUCCUCCUGGUAGUGGCCCUGUCCACGGAGCGGUGGGUCGCCGGGCGGAUCCUGUGUAAAACCGGGGCGGAGAUAGUGAACGCGUCUCAUCCGGAGAUGGACCAGUUCAUCGGGGACAUUUAUUACGGUUUGUUCCAGGGAGGAAAGGCCAAGAAGUGCGGGCUCGGCAAGAGGCACUCCAAAAUAUACAUUUUCCCGAAGCUUGUGCGGACGUUGAAUGGUGGCCUUCACAUGAUGGUGAUCCUCUUCCUGCUGGUGGCCGUGGGCUUCGCGUUUGUCAGCCUGUCUUUCUGCAUUUACAACGCACGCAAGGUUCCCUACCAGAGCAUCAAAGGGCACAAAGGACUCUACCUGUGGAACUUUAUUGCUGCUCUUUUCGGUGCCCUGGCUAUGCUGUGCUUCCUGGCAGCCGUGAGGCACCACGGUCUGACCGAGCGCGUGGCCAAUUAUCGCGAGAACCUCUUUGUGCUUGUCGUCCUGGAUGACAGCCUGGACUGGUCUUUCUGGCUGGGUGUUGGCAGCAUUGCGACUCACUUUGCCGUCUGUGGAGUGGUUGCCAUGAGCCGGAUCAAACUGCCCAAACCGGAGAUUAAGAAACCUGAAGAACCCACUAUUUCUUCUCUGGAUCUGCUCUACUGAAGGACCAACCCGGGAGCACUGUUUGGUAGCAUUUACAUUACUGAUGGUUGACUGAAACAAAGCACAAUGACUGACAGCAGAGUGAAACCAACACUGUGCCAGAGCCCCAUUGUUUUACAUUUUAUUUUUUAUUUUUAAUCAUUACAGCCUCACAACUAGCGUUUAAAUCCUCACUUGACACGUCAUUCUCCAGGGUUAAUACAUGUUUAUUUGUCUGUGAUAAUUAUUUAAAGGACUCAAGUGUUGACUGGAAGGUGGUUUAAAGACAGUUCUUCUCAUUUUCUGCUUAAUGUUCACAGUUUUCUCUGCUACCAGGCUCCAGGUACUUAACUUAACCUCUGCACUAUGGACAUCCUGCACUGUGUAUAUUCUGUUUAUAGCUGAAUUAUGUAAAUACGUUUUUUUUCAUUAUAUGUGUACCAUCACUUUAUGGUAGUGUAAAGUCUUCUGUCUUUGGUUAAGAGCAUACGUGAUGUCCCUUCAUGAAGAAUUUAAAGGUUUUUUUUAACAGUAAUUAUACUAUUAUUAUUCCCUGAUAGAAAGAGUGCAACUAAUGCAUGAAUAAUGAUUUAUUAUAAGAGCUUCCAUAAACAGAAAGAGACUAAAUAAUUAUCCGUUUAUUCGUCAAAAUGUUAAGUAAUGAAAAUACUUUUAUGACAUGUGUUGAGUCAGUUGCAUGACUUCAGAAGAAUGUGAAAGCUUUCCCCCCUUUUCUUGUCAUUGUUUUUAAAUUGAUAUUUACAGAAGACAUCGAUUAAACAAUUGGUUGGA